UCUGAAUAUUCUUAGUAUGAAUUAUUCAACAAUUAAAAUAAUAUAUGUUGAAAUGAAGUCUCUACUUUUAUUUGCCGUGAUGUGCUUCGUAAACCAAUGUGGUGCAAGCGGAUUAAUAGGUAGCGAAUUGGUUUUUGCCCAUAUUGUUGUGCGACAUGGUGAUCGCAAUGUCCUUUAUCCUUUCGGCUCCACAGAUCCGUUUUCAAACGAAACAAAAUAUUGGCCGGACGGCUACGGUGCACUUACCAACGAAGGUAGACAACAGCAAUAUGAAGUGGGACUUUAUCUUGCGAAAAGAUACAAAAAAUUCAUUGGGAAUGGUUAUCACAGAGAUAAAAUUUAUGUUCGAAGUACUGAUGUUGAUCGAACUUUGAUAUCAGCAGCUCAUAUUUUAGCCGGUAUGUUCCCGCCAACCAAAAAACAGAUUUGGAAUAAAAAACUCGGUCAAGUAUGGCACGCAAUACCAAUUCAUACCAUUCCAGAAAUCGAUGAUUUUGUUUUGGCCACAAAAAGACCGUGUCCCAGAUAUAAGGCAGCUCGACAUAGAAUCGAUCAUUCCGAUGAAGUGAAAGCAGUGGUCGCAGAUCAUGCGGAAUACUUUAAGAAUCUAACAGAUCUUUCUGGCAAACCAAUCAUAAAAAUUGAUGAUGUCAAUACACUUUAUCAAAUACUGACAGUUCAAAAAUUGAAAAAAUUGGAACCGUUCCCCGAGUGGGCUGAAGAUUUGAUAACAAAGGGAUCACUUAUGGAAAAUAUAACAAAUUAUAAGCACAGCUUUUAUGGAAGCACAACAGAAAUGGCAAGGAUUAGACCAGGUUUCCUUUUUAAGGAGAUUUUGGAACGCUUUAGCAAGAAAGCGAAUGGAACUCUAGAUCCAGACCGAUCAUUGCAUCUAUAUAGUGCACAUGAUAUCACGAUAGCAAACAUUUUAGGCGGACUUGGCGUUUUCGAUGAUCCUCACAUUCCACCAUAUAGCAGCUGUGUGUUUUUCGAGCUUCAUAAGACUGGAGAGAAUUACCACAUAGAAAUCUAUUACAAAAAGGAACGUGGCGCUGACAAACGCCCACUUCAACCUCUUAAACUUCGGUGCGGUACGAUGUGUCCGCUAAAUGAAUUUUAUAAAGCAUAUAAUGACAUUCUCCCAACUGGAGACUAUGACACUGAAUGUAAACUUGUUUAAUUGAAUGCGAUUGAAUGUAAGAGUUUUUUUUUACGCAGUUAUUAUAAUAACAAUUGAAACAAAAUAA